CUGACCGCCGACUUCGUUGUGCUGCUGCAACAGCCCGUCCACUAUUGUGUUCGCCAGUACUGCUCCCUUCUGCAGUCGUUGCUUCUGUCGCGAGGGAUGGAGAGUAACCAGCUGCCUGCAGUUGGAACAAGACUCAUUCAUUCAGGACACCUGGGCACUGUUCGAUUUGUGGGGCAAGUUGACGGAGCCGCAGGACUCUGGCUUGGUGUUGAAUGGGACGACCCACAGCGAGGCAAGCACGAUGGUGUCAAGGACGGCAAGCGGUACUUCUCCUGCGUUGUACCUAACGCUGGGUCUUUCAUUCGGCCGUCAUCGAGUACUUCUUACGGUCACUCGUUCCUUGAAGCACUAGCCUCCAAGUAUAUUGACGUGCCUCAUGGAUCGGGGGUGGAGAAAGUCAUUCUCGGGUCGUCUAACGGCGCGAUCGAGGUGGAGGUAGUAGGGCUGGACAGGAUCAGAGGCGAACUUGCACAGCUCGAGCGGCUUCGUGAAGUGAGCCUCGAUGGCCGAGGCGUUGCUUCUGCAGAUCCUCCUGGAGCCAUCUCGAAGGCCUGUCCAGGGAUUCGAGGCCUCGACUUGUCGAAAAUUUCGAUCGUCUGCGAAUUACCCAACCUGCAGCGGCUCGCUCUCAACCAGAACCGGCUCAAUCUACCUAUCAACCAUGAUGGGGCGCUGGCCGCCUUCCGCGAUGUCUACGAACUUCAACUCAACACCACCCUGGCCACAUGGGAUGAUAUGCAACACAUCAUCCGUUACAUGCCCGCACUCAGAGCAAUCGAGAUGGGUUACAACCGCAUCCAGUCGCUCUCGACGGGGCGGGAUGUAACCGCCCCUCGAUCGCAUCCGAGGCUGGAAGAGAUCAACCUUGACAGCAACUCGCUGUCGAGCUGGCCCAAAAUUUGCGAGGCUCUGCGGCCAUACACAGCACUGCAACGCCUCGUGCUAACCUCCAAUGCAAUCAACUUGAUCGGACCUUUGCCCGAGCCGAACGACCCGCCUCUGGUGCACCUGAAACACCUCUCGCUCUCGUACAACAGGCUCAGCUCAUGGUGCGACAUUGACCAUCUCUCGGGGUGGUGUCCGGCGAUAGAAUCACUGACGCUCACGGGCAAUCCAUUUGUUGAAGACGGCGAGCACAGCCACAACGCACGUCCGUUCCCCAUCGCGAAAAUCCCAACGUUGACAGUGCUUGACGGCGCCGGUGUUUCCGCAAAGGAAAGGACAGACAGCGAGCUGUUUUACCUCUCGUGGGUCAACAAGCACGGACCGCCCGACGAGGACGCCCGAAGCCGGGAACACCCGCGAUGGAAUGCGUUGUGCGAGAUCGGCUCAGCCUUGAGGUCAACCCACACAGAUGUGAAACUUCACCGAACGGAUACACCGCCCUCCAAGAAAGCAUUGCCCCCUUCAUCAGACCCGGUCGUGCUCCGCGUGCUCCCGUCCAUGAACGUACGCACGUUCUACCUCAAGGUCGUCAAGUCGUUCAAGAUUCCCAAGGCUGCACAGACGUUUCUGAAGCUGUGGUUGCGGAUGCCCGACGACAACGUCGUGGAGAUCGACAGAGACGAUAACCACGAUCUGGACUGGUGGGGCGUUGAGAACGGCGUCGAGAUGUUCGUGCUCGUCGAGAAGGCGUAGAAUCACAUUGGCCGUGAGAGUACGCGUGCGCGUGAUCUGAGA